UAACGUACAAAGAAAUCGAACAAGAAUUAAAUAAUGCAAAAGUAAGAUUUAACGAGGCAAAGAAGAAUUUGAAGACAUUUGAAAAAGAAGAAAAUGAUGGAAAGUGGUUGAAGAAGUUGAGAAGAAAGUUGGAUAACAAAGAAUAG